GUAACAAAGAGAGGGGGAGAGAAUUACUUUCUCCUCUAUUCUAACAAUGGUAAUAAAAGGGGCUCUUGGUUACGCUCAAAUCAAGAGGUGUCUCGAUUUAGAUUAAAAAAACCCGGUUUCUGAUCGCCCACCAGAUGAAUCCCCAGCCGCCCCUGCCUCCGCUUCAUUCCUAACCAGGGUGCUCGCAGCCUGAAAUCUUCCAAGCUGAAGCAGCCGCCGGUGAAAUGAGGGUCGACGCCCGCCACCUGCUCGACAGAAUGCAUCCGGGGGAAAGCAGCAGGAAAGUGGUGCCACCGGCGAAUGGCAGUGUAUGCAACAUAGACGCCUUGCCGGAAGGCAUCCUCGAACACAUCCUUGGCUUCCUGCCGGCUCCGGAGGCCGUGCGGACGAGCGUGCUCGCCCGGAGCUGGCGCGACCUCUGGAAGUCCGCCACGGGUCUACGCAUCGGGUGCCGCGGUGAUGAUUCCCUGAAGUCGGUGAAGGAGCUUCGGGAGUUCGUGGACCACGUGCUCCUCCGCCGUGGAGAUGCGCCCCUCGACACUUGCGAUUUUAGGUUUGGCGAGUUCCAGCAGGAAGACGUGCCGCAUGUCAACCAAUGGCUACGGCAUGCUAUAGUGUGCAAAGUGCGGGUGUUCAUUCUCAGUAUAAUAUCAGACGAGAGUCCUUCACCAUGGCUUGAGCUAGAUGAUCUGCCUCACGCCUCACAGCAAUUGACAAGGCUAGAGCUCAGUUUCGUACAGGUCCGCAACAGUUUCCUCAACUUCACGAGCUGCCCAUUGUUAGAGCAUCUAGUGUUGGAAUACAGUGAGUUGUGGUUGGCCACGAAGAUCUCAUCCAAGUAUUUGAAACAUCUGUUCAUCGUUAGUUGCAGAAUCGAAGCACCCGCAUCCGAGCAUUCCCGCAUCCACAUUUAUGCCCCAAAUUUGGUUUCUCUGUACAUAGAUGACCUUGAGGGGAGGACUCCCAUUCUUGACAGUAUGCCAUCGUUAAUUAAGGCAUUUGUCCGAAUAACUCCUGAUUGUGAGGAUGCAUGUGAUAAACUACUGGAUCCAAACUGCUCACAAUGUGAGUGUCAGUAUUGUGGCACUUCUGUUAACGUUGGUGAUGGAAAUAACUCUCAUGUGCUUCUUAAAGGUUUAUCAGAAGCUAAGGAUUUGGAUUUGGAAUCUGCACACGACAUGUUUAUUUUCAAAAUGGAUUUGAAAUGAUGCCCUGUGUUUAGCAAGUUAAAGACUUUGUUGCUCAAUGAGUACUGGUGUAUGCCUGGUGACUUCGGUGCAUUAGCUUGUAUCCUUGAACACUCACCAGUUCUAGAGAAACUCGCUCUUGAGCUGUUUUCGGAGGGGCCUAAGUAUAAAGUAGAAAUGGAAGGAAGCUUCACUGUGGAGAAAUCAGCUACAAUUUCAGAACACCUAAACAUAGUCAAAGUCAAGUGUCAAGAUGUUGAUGAGAGGGUUCUCAAAGUUUUGAAGUUCCUGUGUACCUUUAAUUUACGUUUCAGUUUCUGAUCAGAGGUGCUAGCAGAAAAUAUGAGCUGCCAAGGGACCUGUUGCCUCUCACUGUUUAGAAAUGCAAGGCUAAAGUUUGCUGCGGCAAGGAUAAUUGGGUACGCUACAUUGACUUCCAGUGUUGCGAAUGUGUCGAAAUCGGCAGCACGAACUGUUCAGAAAGUUACAUGUUUUGUUGACCUGGCACAUCAGGUUAUCGUGUUUCUUUUACUUUCUCUCUUAGUUCAUGUGAACUUGUUCGACAACCUGGACCAGUUAAUUGAUGUGCAUUAUCAUACUUU